CCCCCGUACAAAGCCUAGCUCCGAGGGACCGUGCAGGGAACCUUAACGCCGAGUCUCCGUGUGUCAGAGUCGCACGUGGUUUGCUGCCGCUCAUUCCGUCACUCUCCUUUGCUAACAGUCUUAGAAAAAAGUGUGCGUGAGAGAUUUUAAAGGCAACCACGCUGCUCUGGGAACCUUCAUUUUGGUCUGCUACCCGCUGCACAACGCAACACGCAAUAGGAUAUCACUCAUUGUGCUUUGGCUGACUGUGUACGUGUGUUAGUGGGUGACAAGAAGUUGAUACAAGAUAUGAUACAAUAUAACUUCCACGGCAAAGAAAUCGAACAUAACAAAUUAAUACAGCAUCACAUGAACAUCCAGUGAAGACAAUUGCACAGCCUUCCAAGAAUCUGCCAGCUGCUGAUAGCAUGUAUGCACAGCGCCAACGUCCUGCACAUAAUAAUGAUACGGCGCCACCGCGGGAAUCCCACAGAUCGACACACCUCCUGCAGCAUUGAAGGAAUCAGCUGCCAUCGCCAACUGCGUCAUUCCGGACCACAGACAAGGAAGGAUAAGUGUGAGCCAUACGAGUAUCACGAGUUUUGAAGGACACACGGAAUAACAAUCACUGGAGAAGACGGAUAGUGCUUGAUUCCCUGACAGAACCAUUAUAAUAAUCUACGCCACACACGGGCAGUAACAACUUGGCAAGGGAGUCCGAACAAAACACACCGGCCGGGAACUCCCCUUCAGCAACUUUCAGCUUUGCGUGACGUGCGAGGUAUAUGCAUUCCGGAUCCCCUUGCACUCUUUCUCAUUACCACAAAGUAUCACAAGCCCGUCACAUUACAAUUCACGUUGAGUUACAGUUAACUAAACCACAAUAUCUAUCAUAAGCUAGGCGAACUAAAGCAGUGAACCUAACGUGUCGAUCAUAACUAUAUCAUAAUCUGAAGUGAACUCAACAACAGAUAAUAAGCUCACAGUGAACUUAGCAACAUCACUUAGCAGGAGCUACAGUGAACUUAACUCCAGUGAAACUCGUGAAAUUAGCAAGAUCAUUGGCUACAGUGCACUUAUAACCUCAAGAUCCCAAGGUGCAACAAACUUAAAACCUCUCCAACACAAACUGAAUGGACCGCCCAAGAUCACAAACAAAGCUUAAUCUCUCUAGACCAUAGGAUAGUGAACUUAACCUACGAUUCAAAGGUUGAACAGUGAACGUCCCUCUUCCUAUAGCUGCCCUGACGACCUGUAGUGAUGGCCCCAUUUCUGAAGGCCUUUCCUAAGCUUUUUAAGACUCGCAAGCCACGAAAUUCAAUUGCAACGCUCCUUAGUUACUCGACCUCCUCUUUGGCCAGCACAUCGACCUCCUCCUGCAGUUCCUCUGUGCCGCCUGCCUCCUCUCCCCUCCCUUCCCCGCCCUCGCCUUCGCCUUCAGAGGGUUUUGGGCAGCUCAGCAGUAGUCUUCCCAUCAUGGAGCGUCGCGUGGAGGCCGCUAACACCCCAGCAAGACGUGAGCAGACUGCAAGUCUGAGGCACCUGCACAAGCUGCUGCUCCAGGACCUGCAGAGCAUGGUGGGGCAGGAGAGGGCAAAUGCAAUCUACACCAACCACGUCUACCGCAGCAAAUAUCUUCUAGUGUACGGAGACGAGGAGAGGGAAGCAGCACUAGCAGAGAAGCUCAAGAGAGUGCUGGAGGAGGAGGGUCAGGCAGUGGAGGGACCAUGGUGCAUCAGAGGUGGGGACCUUAUACUGGAGGCUUGGCAGAGACUAUCAAGCCGGGCAGCAGCGGUGGUGGUGUUGGUGUCUCCUGCCCUUUUCCAGGACCUAGAUUUGUGUCGCUGUUUGGCAGAGAUGCAGUAUUCCCACCCAGACACCAUAGCACCUCUCUUCCUUGAUUCUUAUUCUCCCCGGAACCUGCCAGCAGACUUGACCUUCCUCUCCCACGCUGGAGGCAGGAGCGUUCCCCAAAGUCACUGGGACCCGCAGUCUUUUGUCAAGUCCUUGGUGGAGAGAUGCCAGCACUUAAGGUACUUCUGUCGGGAGAUAGCGAUUCUGAACUCCAUCCUGGAUAGCCUGAAGGAGAAUGCAGAUUAUGUGUGUCCCUGUGGCAGGUGCUGAAGUCAACAUUUUCCUUCAUUGAAGUUACCAGUGAUUGAAACAUUUAAUUUGGGACAUAUAGGUCAUGAAGCCCCUCUUGGACAGCCUGUGGGACAGUGCCGAGUAUGUAUGUCCUUGUGGCAGGUCCUGAGGCAAACACACCCGUCUUUCUAGUUCUUAAAGAAGAAUUGUCAGUGUUUUAAGCACUUCCAUUGGGGGUUACAGGUCUUUUGGCAGCUGCUGAAGCCAACCCAGACCUCAAGCUUCUCAAGGUUGGCUGUAUGUUCCUGCAGAAGGCAAUGAAGCAGAUAUGGUAAUCCUGGAUGAUUUUCAGUGAUUGGUAAAAGACCAAGGAUGUCUAAAUGUCCAUUAAUCAAUGCCAACUUCGACAAUUGACGUAGGAUCACUGGAGGUCAGUAAAGACAGAACAAGAAGAUACAGUAUAAUGGUACCAGUAUAAAUAUCAGCCAUGUUGGGGGUGACAAGUAAGCCCCUUCAAGAAGUGCCUAUUGGCAUUUUAGGCCUGCACAUACAUAAAAAGACCCUACGUAUGUUCAUCCCAUUGGCAGUCCCAUUUGUAUGACUAAGGUGAUGUCUUGCAUUAAUAAGUUUCCUCAAGAAAUAAAAAUGUAUCUAGCCCUGUA